AUGGUUUUAGGACAAGUCUUUUCAUUUUUUUCACAACAGGUAAUGUUUAUUUGGCUUUUGGUGUUUAUUACACCACUUUAUGUCUUCUUGGCUAGCGUAAUGGCUAAAGGAUUACAAAUACUUUAUCAGAUGUCAAUUAAUAGAUAAUCCUUAAUUUAUAAAUACGCAGGAGAUGUCAGUUGGUUAUUCCCAUUCAAACAAAAUGAAUAAGAAUUUAAACUAGUGCACAUUAUAUUAUUGGCAGUGCUAAUUGGUUUAGUUUCUCUAAUUAUUAUUGGUGGAGUAAUGUUAUAAAAUUAGUUCGAAAAGCAAAAAGUAAUUGAGAAGGUUUAUAACAAAGAAGAAAAAACAAAGAAAAAAGUGGCUACCGAAUGAAAGAAAAUUGUAUAUUCAUUUUGUAUAGAUAUAAGUAAUUUUAAUAUAAAUGGAA